GGCUGGCUCAGCGGGCGCGGGGUCCGGCCAGACUCGACGGGCUCCCGGUGGGACCGCUUCGCGACGGCCGCUCGCCGCCCUUCCCCGGCCGUUCCGUCCCCGCAAGCGGACGCAGGGAGCUGAGGCCCGGCGUGCGGGGUGCCAUGGAAGGCCGCAGGCAGGCGGACGCGGCGGCAGCGGAGACACUGACCGGCUGAGGCCGAGGCAUGUGGAGUCCCGGCGGGAGCCUGCUCCACACCCUGCCCCGGGCCUUGCAGCACGCCGGUCGGCUGGGCGGCGCGGAGCAGCCCGGCCGCUGGGCACCGGAGCGGACGGUGGGCGGGGACUGCCCCGAGGACCGCCUUCCCCGCGGGGGCGGGGCCGGCGCGGCUGCAGCGGCGGCGGCGGCCUCCGGCGCCCUGCUCGGCGCCUAUCUGGAGCGCCACGGUCCGCCCGCGGCCUCGGACUUGCCGGCGCCUGCCGGGGCGUUGGCGGGCGGCCCCGGGAGCGGCGGCGGCGGCGUGGUGGUCGGGGUGGCCGAGGUGAGAAACUGGCGGUGCUGCUGCCUCGGCAGCACCUGUUGGUGCCGGAGCCUCGUGCUGGUGUGCGUGCUGGCCGCCCUGUGCUUCGCUUCCCUGGCCCUGGUCCGCCGCUACCUGCAGCAUCUCCUGCUCUGGGUGGAGAGCCUCGACUCGCUGCUCGGUGUCCUGCUCUUCGUCGUGGGCUUCAUCGUGGUCUCCUUCCCCUGCGGCUGGGGCUACAUCGUGCUCAACGUGGCGGCCGGCUACCUGUACGGCUUCGUGCUAGGCAUGGGGCUCAUGGUGGUGGGCGUCCUCAUCGGCACCUUUAUCGCUCAUGUGGUUUGCAAGCGGCUGCUCACCGCCUGGGUGGCCGCCAGGAUCCAGAGCAGCGACAAGCUGAGCGCCGUUAUCCGCGUCGUGGAGGGAGGAAGCGGCCUGAAGGUGGUGGCGCUGGCCCGGCUGACUCCCAUACCUUUUGGGCUUCAGAAUGCAGUGUUUUCGAUUGCUGACCUUUCUUUACCCAACUAUCUCAUGGCAUCUUCAGUUGGACUGCUUCCCACUCAGCUUCUCAACUCUUACCUGGGUACCACCCUGCGGACAAUGGAAGAUGUCAUCGCAGAACAAAGUGUUAGUGGAUAUUUUGUCUUUUGUUUACAGAUUGUUAUAAGCAUAGGCCUCAUGUUUUAUGUAGUCCAUCGAGCUCAAGUGGAACUGAACGCAGCUAUUGUAGCUUGUGAGAUGGAACUGAAAACCUCUCUGGUUAAAGGCAGUCAGCCAGAUCCCAGUGGCUCUUCCUUCUACAACAAGAGGACCCUCACGUUUUCUGGAGGUGGAAUCAAUAUUGUAUGAUUCUUACAAACUGGUUGUCAAGAGCCUAGUAUGCUGUAUAGGCCUAGCAGUCACUUGCCUAGUGGCAGAUACGAGUGCUGUUGCAUUAUGGCACAAACAAAACUGACUAGUUUUUAAAUUGCACAAUUUUCUAAAAGCAAGAAUCAUUUUCUGAGUCUGUAAAUGUAAAUGUAGAUGCAGCUUUGGCUGCCCCUUGUUAUACCUGUAAUGCCUAUAGGUGUGCACUUUAGUGUUGUUGAAUGGUUUUAUUGCUGGGACUUAUGAACAGAGAAAUAACCCAAAUAUUUUUUCUGUUUAGUAUCUUUAUUUAUAAAGCUCAUGAAUAGUUUUGUACAUCUGUCUUUAAAGAUGAGUAAAAGUAAGCAGUUCUAAAUGUGUCAUUACUGGAUGUUCUUUGCUUAGGUAGUCUUUCCAGAAGGAGUAAACUGUUUGUUUUUCAGGUUUUGUUUUGUUUUGUUUUUGUUUUUAUUGUUGUUGUUCCCUUGUCUGUUUUAAGUAGGACAACUUUGCUUCAUUUUCUUUGCUUGUAAGAAAAUAGAUAUAUUUCAGUUGAAUGUAUGUUAUCAAGCAUUAUGUCAUUGUGGGCCUUUUACACCUUUUCAUACAAGCUUAAAUCCUACAUUGUGGGACUGAAGUGCUCUUAAGAUUCCUUUUUAUUUUCACUGUGUAAUAUGCAAAGCAAAAGGGAAAUUAUUCAGGGGUUGGUGGCUCAAAGGUAGAACCCACAUUCUUACUUUAUUAUAUUUGUUUCACCCUCUAGACCUCAUCAAAGGGCUGUCUGAUAGCAUUCUUACUAAACCAUUUUCCAUUUUUGUAUUGAUAAUUAGGCUUUGAAAUAAGUGUACUAUUCCUACAAAAUGGUGGGCUUACCAUCUUUGAAAUUGUCUUUCAGGUGGCCUUGUUUAGUCAAAACGCCUUGUUAAAAAGAACCAAGCUUUAAAAUCAUGUUUAUAGUUCCAUUAAAGUACUUAUAUAUUUGUCCCCAUAGUCUUCAGCUUUAAAAUUAUAAACAUAAUAUUAACUAAUGCCCAUGUUUGUGUUAUCUGUUGUGUUAUUGCUGCUUUGUUUGGGGCUUUGGUGUUCCUUUUCCCUGGGAAGACUCAGGAACUCUGAAAUGUGAAAUUGUCUCAGUUCUUUUCUUGUAGCGUGUGUGUUUACUAGCAGCACUUAGGGCUGUAGAAUACAGUCAUCCAAUGUGACUCAUAUGGCGCGCAUUCAUUAAUCAGCUUUACUUUUAAAAUAGUUUAAUUACAAACUUAAUGGCUAGUUGAUCUUGUUUGUUAUGAAUGAGAUUGUAGAGAUAUGGUAACAUUUUCUGUUAAGUACUUCAUUUUUCUGACUUUUCAACGUAUCAAAGCUCUCUCCUCUGCCUUUUCCUUGCAGUAAAACCUUUGCCCUGGUUACUGCUGACCCACAGAGUAAUCCUUUGCAAGCAGAUUUUUCUAGUCUUCCGCUAGAGAUGAAUUCGAACAUGUUUGUAUCCACGAUUUUUGCCCUGUUCCGGUUGUUUCCCUUCCCUCACUGAUACAAAAGUUCCUUUGCCUUUGAGUAGCAGUAGAAGACCAGAGAACUAUGAUGAAAAGCAUUUGGUCUACAGCGCAUGAUUGGCCUCCAGAUCUUGUCUGUUAUUGGUAGAAAAAUAACUAUAUAUACUUUUGAGUCCCCAUUGCUAUUUAGUUUUAAAUUUUAUUUUAGUUUAACCAUCCAAAUAAAGGAAAUAUUUGAUUUAUUCUUUUCGGUA